AUGAGGGGUGGUGGAGAUGGGGAACGGGAAGGUGAAGGUCUAUCGAAGUCCUCUUCUCCCAAGAUACUCAUUGAAUCCUUCUUCUGCUUCCCGUGCUGCUUGUUCUUCGUCCGUGUCCCAUGGUACAGAUCAUUCUUCGACUAUAGACAUCUCGGGAGUCGAGGGGAUAGAGGGUUUAGUGGAGGGUGUUUCUUCAUAGGGUUGUGCGGCGAGAGUGUCUUCAGAGGAGAGGUAGAUGGAUUCGCUGGAAGACAUGUUUGCUGGGGGAAUGGAUAA